AUAUUUAAACAAAGGAAUAAACAGGAACCAACCAAUUACAGACCAAUAGCCCUUCUGUCUUGUCUAUGGAAAAUAUUUAUUACAAUAUUAGCUAAUAAAUUUAAUUACUGAACAGCGGUGAAUAAUUAUAGAAAUAAUACGCACUUUGCAUUUGUAGAAGGGGGUGGUACUCAAACAGCCCUCUUUGUCUUGCUGUCAUUAAUUCAAACUCAGUUGCUUAAAAAAAGACAUAAAGUGUUUGCUCUGUUUUUGGAUCUUGGAAAAGCAUAUGAUAUGAUUAGCAUUACUGACCUACAGAGUAAAAUGAAGAGAUGCGAGGCAAAAGAACGUUUGAUAAAUAUGAUAGGGAUGCUGUUCGGAAAAUAUUAGACAAUUAUUAAACAGGAUACCAAUAUCUGGACACCAUUCAUUACCUACAGAGGCCUACUACAAGGUGAUCCAUUAUUCCCAUAUCUUUUCAAUUUCUACCUAUUUGAUCUAAAUGAUUGUUGUAAAAGAGAUGAAGAUAAAUUUCAAAUUGAAAAUCAGAUUAUACAUACUAUAUCGUAUGCCGAUGACAUUGGGUGUAUUCAAAAUCUCAGCGCGCUGCCAGCGCUUCGCUGCCAGAAGUGACGUACUGCUGGCGUUUCGGAGAGAACACGAAUGCUGACUGCUGGAAUAUCCAGAAAGGUAAACAAGAAAAAUGGCGGGUGAUAUGGACUUGUACGUUUCGCUAAAUUUGUUAUUGAACUUAUUUAAUGAGACCAACGUAAUGAAAAAUGAAUAUUUCGCAAAGAGAAAGAGGGAUGAGAAUUUUUUAAUAUCUGUAGGAGUUAUAGAAGAAGAAGAAAAACCAAACAAGAAAAGAAAGAGGAUUCGAAUUGAAAAUUAUGUUUCAGACGUAGUAUCUAUGUACUCUGACAAAGAAUUUAAAAGUCAUUUUCGCCUAUCGCGUACAACAGUAGAGAUACUUUUACAAUGUCUUCCCAAUCCAAAGGUGAAAACAAAGCCCCUAAUUGAAAAAGAAAAAAAUUUGCUUAUAUUCUUGUGGUUAGUUGGCAAUCAGGAAACAUACAGAGAAGUAGCUGACAGAUUUGGGGUAACUGAAAGCCAUGCACACGGUGUGUUUAUGAAAUAUUGUGAUCACAUUUCAGCUUUGGCUACUAAAUUUAUUUGCUGGCCUAUUGGUGAAGAAGCUGAAAGAUCCAUUCGAGCAUUUGAAGCUCUACGACAAGUGCCUUUUCCUGGUGUAAUAGGUGCCAUAGAUGGCACCUAUGUCGAAUUUUCGGCACUAAAGGAAGAAAAAAAUGAACAUAUCACUAGAAAACAAACUGCUGCUGUUGUGCUUCAAGCAGUUUGCAGAAGCAAUUUGCUUUUUAUUGAUAUAUUUGCAGGAUGGCCUGGAUCAUCAAAUGACGCAAGGGUGUUCCGAAAUAGUCCUCUCUAUUCCAAAUUGGGAGAUCCACAGUUUUUUCCAAACAAUUGUCACAUGAUAGGAGAUUGUGCAUAUCCUCUAUCAAAAUCACUCCUAACACCUUAUCGUGAUACUGGCUAUUUAACAAGAAGAGAGAAAAACUAUAACAAAGUUUUAAGCUCAAGUAGAGUUGUCAUUGAGCAAGCUUUUGGCCAUUUGUUUGGUAGAUUCCGAAAACUAAGAUAUUUAUAUAUCAGAAAGAGAACUUUAGUUCCAAAAGUCAUCAUUGCCUGUUGUGUACUGCAUAAUUUUUGUAUUAUGCAUAAUGAUCAGAGUACAGAUGUUGAAAUUGUUAGUGAAGAGAAUGGUGUAGAAGAACUGGAAGAACCGUGCAGCAGUUAUUCAAAUACUGAUGGAGCAGCUAAGAGGAACUUGAUAGCAACUCAGUUGUUCUGAGACUGGGUGAUGUUAUUGGGCUGUAUGUACCGUACAAUACACUUUACUGUAUGAAUUUAGUGUUUCAAUGUAAUAAAAUAUUGUUUGGAAUGUAUUAUUUAUUAAGUAUUAUAAUUUUGUUGAGAUGGAUACUAUACAUAGUGUCUUGGUAUGAUACAUCUACUUUAAACAGUUAA